UGACUAUUGGAGGAGGAAAAGAACUUGAAGAAAAGCUUGUGAUACUGUCGACCUACUAGUGAAACCAUUGUGAAUUACAAGUUUACUCAAUGGAUCCAUAGCUACCGCGAUCUUCCACUCAUGAUUAAUCAGUGGGAAAAUGUCACAAGAUGGGAAUUGAGGACAAAACCUUUCAUUAGGACCCUUGAAUUUUUGUGGCAAGAGGGUCAUACAGCGCAUGCAACCCUUGAAGAGGCAGAAGAAGAGGCAUUAAAAAUGGUCGAUGUCUAUAAAAGCUUUGCUUAUGAGCAAGCAGCAAUACCUGUCAUUGCAGGUCGAAAAUCUAGGCUUGAGACAUUUGCUGGUGCUCUGAGGACAUAUACAAUUGAAGCCAUGAUGGGUGAUUGAAGAGCUCUACAGGCUGGAACUAGCCACAACCUUGGACAGAAUUUCUUCCGUGCCUUCGAAACACAGGUGCUAAUACUGCAUUUAUGGAGUUUAUUUUAACCAUGUUUCUAAAAACACUUUAAGCAUUGAUGGGUAGAUGAGUUACAUGUGCUAUUCUUGUUUGUUUUGGGACGUUUACAUCCAUUGUGGUUUGAGUAACAAGGUCCAAAGCGUUAACAAUAUCUU